UUUCCCCACAGAACCAUCCUUUUUCCCCAACAAAGAAGACGAUGGACAUGGGACGCUUUUAGAUUAUUAAUCCAUCCCAUCCAUCCGCUGAAAUGAUGCGUCCUCACAAAGUCUACCAGUUUCACCGCCUCUCCAUCCUCUCUCUCUUCCCUCUCUCUCCUCCUCCCUCCUCCUCCUUGACACUCUGCAGGUUCUCGUCGCUCCGUGCGCCUGGCCACCUGAGAACUCAGCCGGCCGCGGGCGAGGCGGCAGUGGUGUCGAGGACGAUCAUGACCUCGUCGAGGCUUCGCAGCUUAGUCCCCGUCGGCUCCGCUGCCCCCUCCGAGAACGGCGGCGACAGUGGCUCCGCUCCUAAUGCUUCCGCGAGCAGUUCCGGUCUCGGCUUUUACGAGGACGAAGGUUCGGCAUUGGGUGGCGCAUAUCGUCUUCCUCCGCCAGAAAUUAGAGAUAUAGUCGAUGCUCCGCCACUUCCUGCAUUGUCAUUCUCCCCACAAAGGGAUAAAAUUCUGUUUUUGAAGCGGAGAGCUUUACCACCUUUAACUGAGCUUGCAAGACCCGAAGAGAAGCUGGCUGGCAUCCGCAUUGAUGGAAAGUGCAACACCAGGAGUCGGAUGUCAUUUUAUACCGGUAUAGGGAUCCAUCAAUUAUUGCCUGAUGGUAAAUUAGGGCCAGAAAAAGAAGUACAUGGGUUUCCUGAUGGUGCUAAGAUCAACUUUGUCACCUGGUCAAAUGAUGGUAAACAUUUGUCCUUCAGCAUUCGAUCUGAUGAGGAGGGCAAUAGCAGUGGUAAGCUUCAGCUUUGGGUUGCUGAUGUGGAAACAGGGAAAGCCAGACCAUUGUUUGAGUCACCUGAGAUAUGCUUAAAUGCAGUUUUUGACAAUUUUGUUUGGAUAGAUAACUCCACACUAGUAGUUUGCACAAUACCCUUGGGCCGUGGAGAACCGCCAAAAAAACCUUUGGUUCCUGGUGGUCCAAAAAUCCAGUCUAAUGAGCAGAAGAAUGUCAUUCAGGUUAGAACAUUUCAAGACCUGCUGAAGGAUGAAUAUGACGAAGAUUUAUUUGAUUACUAUGCCACGUCUCAACUUCUUUUGGUUAGUUUGGAUGGAAAAGCUGAGGAAAUUGGUCCACCAGCUGUAUAUACCUCAAUUGACCCCUCUCCAGAUGGGAACUACCUUUUAAUAAGCUCAAUCCAUAGGCCAUACUCUUUCAUUGUACCUUGUGGAAGAUUUCCCAAGAAAGUAGAUGUAUGGACUGCUGACGGACAAUUUGUCAGAGAACUUUGUGAUUUGCCCCUUGCAGAGGACAUCCCAAUUGCAUUCAAUAGUGUGCGCCAAGGGAUGCGCUCAAUCCAUUGGAGAGCUGAUAAACCUUCUGCCCUAUACUGGGUGGAGACACAGGAUGGGGGGGAUGCGAAAGUUGAAGUUUCUCCACGAGAUAUAAUUUACACACAACCAGCUGAACCACUUGAAGGUGAACAACCAGAAAUCUUGCACAAAGUGGAUCUUCGAUAUGGAGGAGUUUCUUGGUGCGAUGAUUCAUUGGCUUUGGUAUACGAGUCUUGGUACAAGACACGGAGGACGAGAACCUGGGUUAUUUCUCCUGGAUCCAAGGACACAAAUCCUCGUAUACUAUUUGACAGGUCAUCCGAAGAUGUGUACUCGGAUCCUGGUUCUCCGAUGCUCCGAAGAACACCGGCUGGAACCUAUGUUAUUGCAAAAGUGAAGAAGGGAAACGAUGAAGGCACUUAUGUCCUAUUGAAUGGGAGUGGCGCAACACCAGAAGGGAACAUUCCCUUCCUUGAUUUGUUUGAAAUGAAUACGGGCAGCAAGGAACGAAUAUGGCAGAGUGACAAAGAAAAGUAUUUCGAGUCUGUUGUUGCUUUAAUGUCCGAUCAAAAUGAUGGGGACAUUAUUCUUGAUCAGUUGAAGAUCUUAACUUCGAAAGAGUCAAAAACUGAAAAUACACAGUACUAUAUUAUGUGCUGGCCAGAUAAGAGAGCUUGUCAAAUUACAAACUUUCCUCAUCCCUAUCCUCAAUUGGCCUCUCUCCAGAAAGAGAUGAUACGAUAUCAGAGGAAGGAUGGGGUUCAACUUACAGCAACACUGUAUCUGCCCCCUAACUAUGAUUCAUCGAAAGAGGGUCCUCUUCCCUGUCUAGUCUGGUCAUAUCCUGGAGAAUUUAAAAGCAAAGAUGCUGCUGGACAAGUCCGUGGUUCUCCUAAUGAAUUUGCUGGGAUAGGUCCGACAUCAGCUCUUCUUUGGCUGGCUAGAAGGUUUGCUAUCUUAUCAGGACCAACAAUUCCAAUCAUUGGCGAGGGCAAAGAAGAGGCAAAUGAUAGUUAUGUAGAGCAAUUGGUUGCAAGUGCAGAGGCUGCUGUGGAGGAAGUCAUUCGUCGCGGAGUUGCUCACCCAAACAAAGUUGCCAUUGGAGGACACUCAUAUGGAGCAUUUAUGACUGCAAACCUCCUUGCACAUGCCCCUCAUUUAUUCUGUUGCGGAGUAGCUCGUUCCGGAGCUUACAACAGGACACUCACACCUUUUGGGUUUCAGAAUGAGGACAGAACUUUGUGGGAGGCUACCAAUACAUAUGUGGAGAUGAGUCCUUUCAUGUCGGCUCAUAGAAUUAAGAAACCAAUCUUGCUUAUCCAUGGAGAGGAAGAUAAUAAUCCAGGAACACUAACCAUGCAGUCAGACCGCUUUUUCAAUGCCUUAAAGGGUCAUGGUUCUCUUUGUCGCCUUGUAGUUCUUCCCUUUGAGAGCCAUGGCUAUGCUGCUCGUGAGAGCAUCAUGCAUGUACUGUGGGAAACCGACAGGUGGUUACAAAAGUACUGUGUAUCAAAUACUUCUGAUGCAAGUGCAGAUCUCAAUGCAUGUAAAGAUGAUGAAAGUAAAGGAGUGGUGGAUUCAGAAGCCAAAGUAGUUGCUGCUAGUGGUGGUGGUAACCCUGAGCUGGCUGAUUUUGAUCAGGAUCAGUUCAAAUGCAUUCCAAGAUCAUCAUUGUGAGGAAUGGAAGAUGUGGAUAGAAGAAAUUUGGAUCGGCAGCUCUGUCUGUUAAAUGGUUCCUGAGCAGAGCAGACUCUUUCCUAAAGGGCAAUAGAAAUGACCCCUUUGAGGUUAUUUGGCUGGCAACGCUGCACUGGGUGUCCUCCAGAAUUCAUUUAAUUCCACUGCAAGAGUUGAAAUCAGGGAGGAUUGGUUGA